AUGUCAAAGCCAGCUGACACAAAAAGCAGUGCACAAGAAGAAGAUGAUUUGGAGGAUGGGUUUUCUGAGCUUAAGACUGCAGCUAGUGCUGCUGAUGUGGUUCAAGACAGCAAUGUUGACGAUUUAAACAAAGAUCAAUUGAUUUCCGAACCAGAGCUCUCUGAAGAAGAAGAUGAUGGUGAUGGUGUAGAAGAACCUCAAAAUGAGCUGGAAUUAUUUGAUACUGAGGCAGAAGUGACUAAGAAAAGACCUCCACAAAAGAGAGCUUCUUCGGCAUUGUUCAAGGCUAUCAUGGCUGCUCUAGGUUUGUCUGUUCAAAGUGCUUUGGAUAAGUGGGUUGAGGAGGGAAAUGAUUUGAAUCGACCUGAGAUAGCCUUGGCCAUGCUCAACCUUCGGAAACGUCGGAUGUAUGGAAGGGCCUUGCAGGUAAUUUGUCUCAAUUCUUUUGUUGCAUAUGAUUAA